CAGUCACAGCGGCACAACUACAGACCAAUCAGAUCACCCAACGUCAUCCUUCUACGGGAUCCCGACGGGGACAAAAGGAGUUUGACUCGCGUAACGAGACUGAAAGGAAAGCGCAGCAGAGCAUUUCAGAUUCACUCCGCUCCGCUGGUGGCCUCCUGCAGCCAUGUCCUCCUCCCCAGAGAUCGCCUCCCUCUCCUGGGGCCACAUGAAGGUGAAAGGCUGCUCCUCCAGCUACAAGGACUGUAAGGUGUGGCCCGGAGGCAGCCGGGCCUGGGACUGGAGGGAGACCGGCACCGACCACCACCCAGGAGUCCAACCUGCCGACGUGGAGGAGGUGCUGAGGAAGGGAAUCGACCUGCUGGUCAUUGGCAGAGGGAUGAGUGAAGCUCUGCAGGUUCCCUCCGCCACUCUGGACUUUGUGAAGCAGAACGGCGUCGACGUCAGAGUCCUGCAGACGGAGAAGGCCGUGGCCGAGUACAACAAACUUGCCGGCCAGGGCGCCAAGGUGGGCGGGGUCUUCCACUCCACCUGUUGAAGGUGUCCCCUUGUCUGGCUGCACCUACAGACGACGGGGGAGGAAGCCUGUAGUGAACCGUGACACCACAGGCUUGGGUUUCGCUAAAUGAAAAGGUGGCUACGCCGUCAAGCUCUCAGCGUUUGUCAGCGCUGCGCUGCAGAAGAUCACUGGCCACUUUUUAGAGAGAAUUAAUAGAAAUCUUUAUGUUUAGAAAUCUGUGAACUCAUCUUUGUAUAUUCGGUUCUAGAUGAAGAGAUAAAACCUGUCGACUAACCGUCGCCGCAACAUGGAGAAAUUCAGUUUGUCAGUAAAUAGUUCCAAAGUUUACUUGACAUCAAACUGAGUAAUGAAAUUCAUGUACAUUCGACCAGAUCACUGCUGAUGAGUGUACAGAUCAUUUUCGAUGAGGUGAACGUUCGUCUGCUUGUUUGCUACAGCAAAAAUAAAAUUAGAAAACUAA